GCGGACGGCUCCGGACCUGCCAAAAUACCAAACAGCCCGACGUGGGUUCUCCAUCCAUGCCCCAGAAACUGUUACGGGGCGGUAUGGGACACAACGAAUAACAGCACACAUUCAUGUCGCCGAUAAACACCAUCUAGCAGCAUGGCACCGAUGAUGGGCUGCAGGGAACGCGGGUUACAGCGCACGGCCGGGCGAUACGGGCAGCCUAGAGUCCUUGCCCUUCUCCUUUUAUCCCUCUCGACUGUGGCGCUGUGUCAGCACGAUAAGACCGGGGAACAUCUACACUCUUUAUACCCACUGCGAAGUGAGGUUGCAAUUGGGUUUAACCUAGGCCAAUCAUACGGGACUUCGGUCGCCCGCUUCGAAAACGGGACAAUACUCAACCUGGCGAAAGUGCCAGCAAGUCCCGAAUACAUGACGCUCAUGGCACGGCUAGUAGAGGCGCCCCAAACUCCGUACUGGCGAAGUCUCUUUGGGGCUGCUGGCAAAUGGCUAGGCUGGUGGCGAUUGCUUAGACGUCUCGUGGGCUUUGCCGGCACUGACGAGGCAACUAUCUUGGCCCAGCUCGUAACCGCACUGAAGGCUGAAUCGGAGGCCGCCCUGGAAGCACGCAUAGACGUCGUCUCCGUCACGGCCCCCUGGGUAGCGGCGUGGGAAAAUGACAUACCUGUCGACAGCGUUAUCAACGAUGCGCUCGUGUCGGCAGGGCUGAAGCCGUGGACCUGGGAGGCCAGCGGUCCCAUCUACCUGAGCGAGCCAAGCGGGGUGUUGGCGGCGAACGGGCACCGGCUAUGUAAGGAACGUUGGUGCAGACUGGACGAGGAUGACACAAGCGACCUCUGGCCCCAAAUCGUCUUCUUCAUCAGUCUUACCAACCACUCUCUGUAUACAACGUUCCAGGCCACAAGGUGCUAUUACCAUCGCGCGUGGGAGAGUUACCUCCCCACGGUCGACACCAAGUAUGGCCUGGAUGAGGUCCCCGAAAACACAACCGAGCAUUUCUGGAAUGCACUCCGGGACCACCUACUUUCAUCCGUUGUUGAGUUCUCAAAGAGGAACACGGGGUAUAAAUAUUCCAAUUUUAUCGUCCUCACUGCGGGCGAAUCAGCUGAUCGGCCGGAAUUCGUGGACGUUGUCCGGAGCGUCGCCGAGAGUAUCCCAAAGGUUCGGACUGAUCACGGUGCUGCCACGCUGCCCAAGGUUGAGCUUGUAAUGCCAGAUGAUCCCGCAUUUUCUGCUGCUCGCGGCGCAGCUUUCUGGUUACGCUCCAGGAUGGACUGGUCAUACUGUGAUGGAUUCGACGACAUAGUGUCGCAGUAUGAUGUGACCAACGAGGGGCCAGACGGCCAUAUCGAGCUGUGAAUAGUGGUUCGACGUGCCUGGGUCGGGGAAGGGCUUCACUUGUAGACUUCAAAGGAGUGUGUGGUAGUACCACCUAUCUGCCGUAGGUAUCAAUCCUAGCCGUUCAAAUCCUGAAGAAGCUCCUGAUUUGGAUGUU